UCGGAGGAGCACGGAGCCUGGUGGCUGUGGCUGCCUCCGCCGCGCCGCGAGCCAGCGAGCGCGCGGGCAUCCCCGGAGCCGGCCAAGCCGCUGCCUCCCCGCGCGCGUCGCUGAGCCGGGCCGGAGGGACGCGAGCUGCGGCGCGGGGGCCGGCCGGGCCGGGUGGGCCGGGCCGGCGGCGGUGGAGGGGGCGGGCGGCGGGCGCGCAGCCGGCCAAGUCUCCGGAGCCGAGCCUUCCUCCGCGCGAGCCCGGCGAGCCUCGCCGCGGAUGCCCUGCCCUGAGUGCUCCGUGCCGCGCCAGGCUUGCCAGGCUCCGCGGCGAGACAUGCCCGAGCCCGGCGCUGCACCGACCUCGACUUAUCUGUAAGCAGCCGAAGGAACCAUGGUCAGUAAGGAACCCAGCAAAUGCGCACUCACGACCUCGGCGAGUGAAGUAGAGCCUGCCGCCUGCCUGGCCCUGGAGAUGAAAUAUGCCCUGGAUCCCAACCGGCAGAUUAAGAAGCGUAAUAAAGCCCUGCAGGUGCGGUUUAAGGAUAUCUGCGAGGCACAGAACGAGCAGAGGGGCACGCAGCCCUCCUCGGGACAGCUGGGCGGCAAGCCGGCGUCCUACAGGGCCACCUACCGCAAAUACAUGACCGUGCCCGCUCGGAGGUCCAUCCCCAACGUCACCAAGAGCACAGGUGUGCAGACCUCGCCGGACCUUAAGAAGUGUUACCAGACUUUCCCUCUGGACCGCAAGAAAGGGAAUCUCAAAGGCAUCCCAGCCGCGGAUGCCUUUAAAAGCCAAAACAAUGGGUUUGUAAUUGAUUCGAAAGAGAAGAGUGAGGAAGGGCCCCGGGAGGAGUCCCGGCAGUGGGGCGCGGAGCGGGUUCACAAGGCGGCGGCACUGGUUUUCCACUCCGAUGAGCACGAGAACGCGCUGGACCAGCCCGCCGGGGUCAACGGCGCAGAGCCACGCAAAACCCCCGACCUGCACCGCUGCCGAGAUGCUCCUCUCCAGAACUCCACUCGUCCUCCCUCCCAAGAGCCCGACGACCAGCUGCACGGGAAGCCAACGCACGACCGGGCGACCCCGGACGCCGAGGAACCCGCUGCAUCGGCCCACAGCAUGGUGUUUAAGACGGAGGUGGCCACCGUUUACGCACCUGCCCCCGGCGCUGGGGCCCCCGGGCUGGCCUUGUCGAACUCCGCCCCCUCGAGCGAGUGGUCCCUCUGGCCCGUGGCCGACCAGGAGCGGAGGAAGGCCUCACAGGCCAAUGGGCUCCAGGCCCCGCCGGGCGCUGCCCUGGCCUGCUCGCCGCCGAUGCAGUGCCUGUCCCCCGAAUGUAGUGAAGCGUCCCUGCAGACUCAGGCCCCCCCGGGGCGGGAGCACCAGCCUUGUCCGACAGCGCUCGCUGUGGGUGAAGAAUGCCAACAAAUCGUGCCUCAUACGGAAGUGGUCGAUCUGAAAGCACAGCUUCAGAUGAUGGAGAACUUAAUCAGUUCAAGCCAAGAAACCAUCAAAGUGCUCUUGGGGGUCAUUCAGGAGUUGGAAAAAGGAGAGGCCCAUCGGGAAGGGCUUUCAUAUCGGACUGGGCAAGACACAGCUAAUUGUGACACAUGCAGGAACAGUGCAUGUAUUAUCUAUAGUGUGGAGCUAGAUUUUAAGCAGCAAGAAGACAAACUCCAGCCAGUUCUGAGGAAACUCCAUCCUUUCGAGGAAACUCAGGUCGCACACUCGCCUUACUCUCAGGAGACUUACUCAACUCCCAAGCAAAAACCCAAAACUGAAUCUAAAAAGCACGGACGAUGGAAACUCUGGUUCCUUUAAAACUCAUGGUGUUUGGAGUCUAAAGGCCGUCUUUAAAACCCACUGGAGUUCAAAGUAAAUCCUUUUCCAAAACGAAUAGGACGGAGUGAACGGUGGCUGACUCGGACGCCACCAGUUCUCACCCUGCUCACCGAAAAGGCCUUUGUAACAGACCAGCUCACAGAAGCGAGGCAGUACACGUCACACCUUGCCAGCUGUUCUUUGCAGUUCGUGGAUGUGGGAUGUAAAACCGGAAACGAAACUUAACAUAGUCAAAGAUGAUAGGUAAAAAUUCUAUGCCCGCGCCCCAGAUCAGCAAGGAUUACAUUAUCAACCUGCAGAACGGCAGGCUGUCACUCUGUAACACAGCUAAAACUCAUAAUUAUUUUCAAGCCUUUAUUUUUUUUUUUUAAUACUGAGAAGAAAAAGUAGCCCUUACGUUUGCAAAGGACUUCAUUUUUAUGUUUAAUUUUGCAAAUAAGCGGGGGGGCGAGUGCAAUUUUCAGCACAUCAAAUUCCGGAGAAAGCACAAUUUUUUUCAAGUGGUCGGAGACCAUGAAUAAUCUCUAAAAUGUGACUAUAUGUAUAUUUGCCUCAUGUGCUGUAGCGCUAAGCCAAGUGACAUCUCAGCGUCACACUGAAACCUCAAAUUCAGCGUUUGCUUCAACUCCAGACCGGCGACAGGCUUACUGCUCC